AUGGCAUCCCGCGAGUCCGGCCGGAUCCGCGAGGCGGACAAGAAGCGCGUCCUGGACGAGGCCUCCCGCAAGCGGCGUGCCCGCAAAGCCCUGGAAGCGCUCGAGCAGGACAACUACCACGAGGAUCCGCACGCCGAUCUGGUCAUGUCGAAGAAAAUCCCCAAGUUCCAAGACAACCUGGACACGACCGGCGGUGCGGGUGGAUCCGGCGGCGCCGGCACUUCCAACCAGAAGAAGAAAGCAAAGCGCAGCAAGGGCGCCGACUACUACCGGGCCAAGUACAGGAAAAACUUCCCCCAGCUGCUGGAGGAGGACAAGGUGCAGCACCCGGACGGACCGAACUACUUCACGGCGAGUGCGGCGCCUUCGCGGUUUCCCGAGCGGCACUUUUGCGCCGUGUGUGGAUUUCCGUCCAGUUACACGUGCACGGCGUGCGGGACGAGGUAUUGUUGUGUGCGCUGCUUGAAGACUCACCAGGACACGCGCUGCCUCAAGUGGACCGCCUGAGUUUGUGUUUAUUGUUUUGGAAAUAAAAGGAUGCCUUUU